AAUAUGUUUAAUAAAUUAUUGACAUAUUUUUCCACCAAGGCUUUAUGUGUUAUUUUCGUAAUAUUUUUGGUGUUGUUUACUGGAGGGUUAGUUUUUGGAUACUAUGGCCUACCGAAAAUUGUUGAGAUGCAAGUCCGAACGAGUGUCAGACUUGAAGAGGGGACUGAACAAUGGGAUAGAUUUGUCGAAACACCAUUUCCAAUUGAUUUUAGAGUAUACAUUUUCCAAAUUCUUAACAAGGAUGAUGUAUUAAACAAUGGAGCAAAGCCUGAACUAAAGGAAACUGGACCUUUCGUUUACAAGGAAUAUCGGAAAAAGACGAUCCUCGAAACAGAUUCAGAAACUGACACGGUUUCGUACACGCAAAAUUUAACAUUUGAAUUCUUUGAAGAUGAAUCUGUUGCCAGUGACAACACGGAAGUAACAGUACUGAAUCCCGUGCUGCUGGCAACCAUUCAACAGGCAGAAUCACUUCAAAAAGGCUUUCUUAAUAAGUAUAUAUACAAGGUUUUCCAAGAUAUUAACGGUCUUUUUAUUACGGUGAAAGUAAAGGAUUUGUUAUUUAAUGGUAUUCCAUUCGCAAAGAAAAAUUCUUGCAACGAUUUACCUACUCUUGAGAUUAUUGUGUGUAAUCUUGUUCUUGAUACAGUUACACAGCAAGCUAGUGUCCUUAAAACUGUUCGAGAAGAAAAUGAUAUAUUAUAUUUUUCAUUUUUUGAAUAUAAAGCAGCUAGAAACGAUGGUGUAUACACAGUAAACAGAGGAAUCUCAGAUUCUUCACUCUUGGGAACAAUUCAAGAAUGGAACAAUAGUACAGAUACGGAUUUCUGGGGAUCAGCGUCUUCGACAAACAAUGAAACUUGCUCUAAAGUACGAGGCACUGAUUCGACAAUAUAUCCUCCUAAAGUUGGAGACUUGGAUGGGGUGGACAUAUUUAAUACAGACAUCUGCAGGGUGGUGUACCUUGAACGCAGUGGACAACAAACUUAUAGUGAUAUAGAAGGAUACAGAUUUCAAUCCAACAAAAAUACCUACAGAUACUCAACUUCGACUGCAGAGGAGGACUGCUUUUGCAUACAGAAAACGUCCGACAUCAAUAACGAAGACAAUUGUUACUUAGAUGGAGUAAUAGAUAUGCAAUCAUGUGUAGGUUCACCCCUUUUGUUCUCACUACCUCACUUUCUCUGGGCUGACGACAAAUAUCUCGACGGAGUUAAGGGACUUAGUCCUGAUCCAGACAAGCACAUGUUGUUUCUUAACGUAGAACCGAAUACUGGUACACCACUUCAAGGAGCCAAACGACUCCAAUUGAACAUGGUACUUAAGCCCGAUGACACGAUUGACGUGGCCAAAAAUCUUCCGAAAGUAGUUUAUCCAAUGCUGUGGGUUGAAGAGUCUAUGAAAUUACCCCCAAAAUAUGUGGAUAAACUUAAUGACGACUACUUCAGCAAAGUUAACUUGGGUAACAUUGCCAAAAUCUCCAUCAUUGUUGUGACAUCUAUAUUUUUGGUAUUUUUCGGAUUUCUUUUGGGCGUGAAUGUUGUAAAAGGUCGAUAUUUUCAAGUUUAGGUAAUUUAUUGUAUCAAUAAAUACUGGUGGUGUCAUGUACAUAUAGAUAAAAUUUCUUGCACAGCAAGACACUCAAAUAAUCUCAUUUUGUAUUGGUAAACAAUAAAUUAAGUAAUACUAACAAUACUAUCUUAGUUUUUUAUAUUUAUUAAGUCGAAAUGUAAAGAAACACAUUGUAUUGAAAACAACCUUUAUUGUGGUCAUAUAUGUAUAUGAAAUAAUUACAUAAUAUCAUAACAAAAUUUUUGGGAAUUAUUGACUCAAAUUUAUUAACUAUUCUAAAUUCUUGCAUUGAGUAUUAGGUAUUUUUUUUGAUAGAUGUAAUUGAUGUUAGCCACAAUUUCUUAAAAUACUAAGUACAGGAAUUUAGAAGUGAAAUUAAAUAUUAAUUAUAUAAAGACAAUUAAAAAUACAUUUAUAUAACAUAAACAUAUUUAUUAAGGUCUUUAUAUAAAAAAAAUUUAGUUCAAUAGGUUCUUCACACAGACAACUUU